CGGCCGCGCCCGCCCCCUCGCUGCUUCGGCGGCGCGGCGACGCGGUGCGCGGCAGAGCCGGCGGGGCUAUGGCUGCGGAGGAGGUGCUGCAGGGCGCGGACCAUUACAAGAGCGAAAUCGAGCGGCUGACCCGGGAGCUCUCCGAGACGACCCACGAGAAGAUCCAGGCGGCGGAAUAUGGGCUGGUGGUGCUGGAGGAGAAGCUCACCCUCAAGCAGCAGUACGACGAGCUGGAGGCGGAGUAUGACGGCCUCAAGCAGGAGCUGGAGCAGCUGAAGGAGGCAUUUGGACAGUCUUUCUCAAUUCACCGCAAAGUAGCUGAAGAUGGGGAAACACGAGAAGAGACUCUACUCCAGGAAUCUGCAUCAAAAGAAGCUUAUUACCUGGGGAAGAUUUUGGAGAUGCAGAACGAGCUGAAGCAGAGCAAGGCGGUGGUCACCAACGUUCAGGCAGAGAAUGAGAGACUCACUGCUAUUGUCCAAGACUUGAAAGAGAAUAAUGAAAUGGUGGAACUGCAGAGGAUACGAAUGAAGGAUGAAAUUAGAGAGUACAAGUUUCGAGAGGCAAGGCUCCUGCAGGACUACACUGAACUGGAAGAAGAAAAUAUCACUCUGCAGAAGCUGGUAUCCACACUGAAACAGAACCAAGUUGAAUACGAAGGCUUAAAGCAUGAGAUUAAACGAUUUGAGGAGGAGACAGUAUUACUUAAUAGUCAGCUAGAAGAUGCCAUCCGGCUGAAGGAGAUUGCUGAGCAUCAGCUGGAGGAAGCUCUGGAAACUUUAAAAAAUGAAAGGGAGCAAAAGAACAAUCUGAGAAAGGAACUCUCCCAGUACAUCAACCUCAAUGAUAGUAUGUAUAAUAAUCAUAUUAAUAUAUCAGUAGAUGGAUUAAAGUUUGCAGAAGAUACAAGUGAGCCCAACAAUGAUGACAAAAUGAAUGGACAUAUCCAUGGGUCUCUUGUGAAACUUAACGGUGACUACCGAACUCCCACGAGUAGGAAAGGAGAAUCUCUGCACCCCGUCUCUGAUCUCUUCAGUGAGCUCAACAUAUCAGAAAUACAGAAACUGAAGCAGCAACUCAUGCAGGUGGAAAGAGAAAAGGCCAUUCUCCUGGCCAACCUGCAGGAAUCUCAGACGCAGUUGGAGCACACCAAAGGAGCCCUGACCGAGCAACAUGAGCGAGUCCACAGGCUCACGGAGCACGUCAACGCCAUGAGGGGCCUGCAGAGCAACAAGGAGCUGAAAGCAGAGCAUGACUGUGAGAAGGGGCGAGACCCCAGCGAGGAAGCACACGACUAUGAAGUGGACAUCAAUGGUUUGGAGAUCCUAGAAUGUAAAUACAAAGUAGCUGUUACGGAAGUUAUAGACCUUAAAGCAGAAAUCAAAGCCUUAAAGGAGAAAUAUAAUAAUUAUGUGGAAAACUACACUGAAGAAAAGGCCAAGUAUGAGAGCAGAAUCCAGACUUACGAUGAACAGGUGACAAGCCUAGAGAAGUCAACCAAGGAAAGCCAGGAAAAGAUGGUCCAUAUGGAAAAGGAGUUGCAAAGGAUGACAAGCAUAGCGAAUGAAAACCACAAUACCCUCAACACCGCCCAGGACGAGCUGGUGACAUUUAGCGAGGAGCUGGCUCAGCUCUACCAUCACGUCUGCCUGUGCAACAACGAGACACCUAACAGGGUCAUGUUGGACUAUUACAGGCAGAGCAGAGUUACCCGCAGUGGCAGCCUGAAAGGCCCAGAUGACCCACGGGGUCUCCUUUCCCCUCGGCUUGCCAGAAGGGGAAUGGCAUCGCCUGUAGAAGCCAGGACUCCGACCGAGCAGGUGACAAAAGAGGCCCCAGAGCCUGGCAAGGAGCAGAGCCCAACGAAAACACCUACAAUUUCCCCUGUCAUCACUGCCCCUCCUUCCUCCCCAGUCUCCGACAGCAGUGACAUUCGCAAAGAGCCGAUGAACAUCUACAACCUCAAUGCCAUAAUAAGGGACCAAAUCAAGCAUUUGCAGAAAGCUGUAGAUCGGUCGCUGCAGCUGUCGCGCCAACGUGCUGCAGCCCGGGAGCUGGCACCCAUGAUUGAUAAGGACAAGGAGGCCUUAAUGGAAGAGAUUCUGAAACUGAAAUCCCUCCUGAGUACAAAGCGGGAGCAGAUAGCAACCCUGAGAGCAGUGCUGAAAGCCAACAAGCAGACAGCUGAAGUGGCAUUAGCCAAUCUGAAGAAUAAGUACGAAAAUGAAAAAGCUAUGGUGACUGAAACCAUGACCAAACUACGAAAUGAGCUGAAGGCUUUGAAGGAGGAUGCGGCAACCUUCUCAUCCUUGAGAGCAAUGUUUGCAACCAGGUGUGAUGAGUACGUCACGCAGCUGGAUGAGAUGCAAAGGCAGCUGGCAGCUGCAGAGGAUGAGAAGAAGACCCUAAACUCUCUGUUGCGCAUGGCUAUCCAGCAAAAACUUGCCCUUACCCAACGACUGGAGGAUUUAGAGUUCGACCAUGAGCAGUCCCGACGCAGCAAAGGCAAGCUUGGAAAGAGCAAGAUCGGCAGCCCUAAAGUAAGUGAGGAGGCAUCAGCCACCGUGCCAACCAUAGACACUUUCCUCCUGCAUAGUCAGGGCCCACAGCAGCCAAACUUACUGGUCAGCAGUGGCACUCAGAGGAAAAGACUAUUCUCACCUUCCCUUUGUGAUCAGAGCCAUCCCAGGACUUCAGGGACCUACCUCCAGAAAUUAUUAAGAGCCCCCCCUCAUCCCGCCUCCACAGAAUCAUAUCUUCUGAGGGGUCCCCCUUCCAUGAGUGAAUUCAUCCAUGGGCACCGUCUCAGCAAGGAAAAAAGGUUAACUGUGGCCACACCAGUCCUAGUGCUCUUCCAGAAGAGCAGCCACAUUCCAGCUCUCAGUGUGCCCCUCUCAACUGUCUCUCUAAGCCUCCUCCUUACCCCUAAUCUUCAUAUGCAACGUAAGAGAAAACGCAAACAGAGUGGAGUUCAUGCAACAAAGGUUCGGGUUGUUCCCAGCGAGCGGGUAGACAAUCCUGCCUUGUUGCUGCAUCGAUAAGUCUGGAUUCAUAUCCACUGCUCUGGCAACUGAGGGAAGGUUGAGAAGAAGAACACAAAGCACAGAGCCCAACCUAUCAAGAAGACUUUUUAUGGUUCCUCUGAUUGUAUUCAAACUUUACAACUAAAGUGUAGUGAAAUUUACUAUCUCAACAGAAAUGUUCCUCCCAGCUGCUUGGCUUUACCUCUGAAAUAAUGAGAGACUUAAGCCAGUAUUAAUAAAGAUAAAGUAUGUUACUAAACCCUGCCCUCAUAACCUCUGAGUUCAGCCAUAGGAACCAGUUCACAUUUUCUUUCGUCGCUAAGGGUGUGAUAUUUCCUUCUUACUUUAUUUGCACCAUAAUUUUGUGUUUAUAAAAUGCAGUCUUUUUUGCACCAGUUGUAUUCAAUUAUUAUUAUUAUUUUUUUAAACAAGCAGAAAUAGCUGAAGUGAAGAAUGACUGUGUUAAUAGUAAAGAGAGGCUUGUUGUAUUGGCCAGCACACGGCCAAUUUUUAUUGCACAAAAAUGUUGGCAGUGGGGUGAAUUGAAAUGUUAGUGAUGACUGUAUAUUUUGCUGCUGCACUGAUAUUGUUUAUGCACUUGUUUUUUAAUUCCUAUUUCAUUAGCUUCUGGUUUUGUUCGGGCUCUUCACUGGAAGAUUACUAUUUAGUUUAAGAAGGAGAUGAGAGGAUGAUGUAUUGGUUUGUUUUCCGUUUUGCUGCAUUGUAAUUCUAUUUUUGCAUUUCAGACAAGUAGAUGAAUUGGUGCUGUUUUUUGGGGUUACUUUCUAUUUGGUAUCUGAGAAAAAAAAAUAAUCUAAAACAAGUAAAAUGUCGUGUGCUAAUUAAAAACAUUCUUUCUUCCUGCUCCCAUAUUCAGGAUACUAGCUUGAGGCCUUACCCUGAAAGACUAGUAUGAACAGUGAAGUUGCAGGUAUUCUGUGUGAAAUAUUCUAAGGUGAAAUAACUCCUGCAGGCAGACUUAAUGGUGUGGAUCAAAGCUAGCAGGACUUUAGUGCAUUUUUUCCUUGCCAAAAAUCAACAGAUCCAGAACCUUAGCUCAUGUCAGUUUAUGACAAAUACUCAGGUGAUCUACACUACACAGACUCUAUUGCAACAGUGCACAGUGCUCCUAGUUCAAGGUUCUCUCCUGUAAAAGCUGAAUAAUCGGUUGGGUUGUUCUUUUAUUUAUUUAUUUUUUUUAAUAGCAAGUUUCAGAACAAAAGCAAGGAUAGCAAAAUUUACUUUGCACAGUACCUGACAGCAAGGUAAGCUGCUAAGGUGUAAUGGUUCAGCACCUCUGGACUUCUCAUCUAGUCAUCACAUAGGAGAAGUCUUCAGUGCUGCCUACCUGUCGGUAAUUAGCAGUCCUUGCUCUGUCAGGUGGCCUUAAUUUAUUUACAGAACAAAGGCUUAGAUAUUUCCACGUUUUUAUUCCUUCUCUGCAGUGUAAGUAUGAUUUACAAGUGGGAAACACAGCGCAGCCUAAGGUAGAGAGCAGCUGAACAAAAACUGCUGCAGAUAUGGUUGGAAAAAUUUUUUCACAUUCUACCUGAGUCUGAGAAAAUGAACUCAGGCUUCUGUUAGAAACAGUGCUUACCAAAUGUUAUGAUACACAAAACAUCAGCAGAGGAAAGAAUCGGUGACCAAUCAGUGUGCCUAACAAUUACUAUUUCCAUGGUACCAGUAAUGAAGGUGCUGUAAAUAGAAAUAUUCUCUGUAAUCAACGGUGUGUGUCACUUGCAGCCUUGGCAAAGCAGCUGAGCUAUUGUAACAAAACAUUCAGAGUCGAAGGUGAAGAAAAUAGGAACAAGUUGUCAUCAAAUUCUGAUCAGAUUGAACAGACAAUUCUCGGCAAUGUUCUGCUUAGGUUUACCAUGCAGUUCACGUGGUUCUUCUUGUAUGCAUUUACAUAACUAUUUAGUGUCAUACUUAACCUACAUGUUGUCUUGUCAGAGAAAAGUCAAAUAAAACUCAUUCAGCUCAGUCACAUUGUUUGAUAUGAAUAUUAGCUGCUAUUUUGAUUUUUACUAAAAAGUAAACGACGACAAAACUGUUUUUGUUGGAGGCAAAUGGUGCCUCCCGUGAGCACCUCACAAUUCCUGACCUUGCAGACUGGUGUAGGGUGUAGUUGUAGUUCUGAAACAGUGCUGAUGCCUUUGGCCAAUAAGGACAGCUAUUACUGAUGGUUAAGCAGAAAAAGAAUUUGCAUUGCACAUUGAGUAGAGUUACUGCAGGCUGUACUUGGAAUAGAUUCUCCUAUUUUCAUAUCCAAAUCAAACAUAUUCCCUGAAUUUUAGUUAAACAGGAAUUCAGUGAAAUGCAUUUCUUUUCUAUAUAGAUAUGAAUAUAUUGGAAAAAAUGUUGUAGUGGAAUGUUUGUUUGGUAAUGUAUUUGUUUCCAGUUGUGAUUUGCAGAGCAACUUUGGGAAAUUGAAACAUGCCGGUAUGUCCAUGUCGAUUAAGAGUUAUGAAACAGCAUUAAAUGGUAUAGAAAUUGUGGCCCUGUUUUAUAGAACUAAGUGGGUUUAUUAAAUUUUUUAUCCUCUUAAGCUUUAAAUUCUUCAUUUCUAAGUUUUCAAUUUACAUUUUUUAAUAUGUAAUAAAGCAAGUAAAUGUUGGAAAUUUAAGAGAUCUAGAAACAAACCAAUUUAAAUGUACAAAUGGCUGUAGUUACUGCAUUGUAAGUUAUAAAACUGUGUAGGUCCCCGGGGACAACUUUUGUCAGUUAACCAGUACAAAAUAAAAUGCAUAUCUUGAACUUGAGAUGAUAAACUCUUCUUUUUUUUAUGUAGUGAUUGAUAGUAGGCAACUUUGUGAACCAUUUUGUAGGAAAUAUUUGCAUACAGACAAAAACAGACACAAAAGCCUUUUUUUUUUUUUUGAGUUGCAAAAUAUACUUUCUUUGCCCGUUUAAAAUUGAUUUAUGGUGGGUGUCAUCUACACUGAUUUUUAAAUAGUAAGUAAAAAGGAUACAUAUGUUUUCCACUGGUUGGUUGAGUGUGCUCAGAAAUGCUGAAAUGUGUCCUGCACGGGAAGGAAGCAAUUCAAAUUCCGCUCUGAUUUUCAUAUCUGAAAUGCAGUUUUUGCUCUCUGUGACGGCUUUCCAAUUUCUUUGGAUUUGAAAUGGCAUUUUCAUUUCUUCUUUAGUGAAACUUAACUUUUCAUUGUUCAGAGAAAUGGCACAAUUCUGGAAAUCCAGUUUGUAGGGGAUGUAUAGAAGUGGAAAAAAAAAGGGGGGUGGGAGAUGAAUAAAUAAAUAUAAAUUGUAAGAUGUAAUAGUAUGGAAAAUAUAUUUUCUAUCAGAAGGUUAUUGGAGGCUUUAACAGAAAGAGGAACUAUUAUCAUUUCUCAUGCUGAUUGUGUGGAUGUUUCUGGCUUCUAAGUGGAGGCAGUACUGGUAUUCUUUCUGAUUGAUGUGAUUGACAGGUUGGCACCUCUGUGCUUGCUUCAUCCCCAUUUCUCAUAGUAAAUGAGUAUAAGCAUAGCUAUACAAUAGGUUUCAUAGGUAGAACUGUAAUUAAUGUAACACUGCAAGUUUUAAUGCCAAGAUGACCUUCGAUUUAUUUUGGAUUAGAAAAGAUUGUUAACAUGUUUAAGCCAUUUACCAAAUUCAAGUGUUAAGAAAAAGACUGUUCUGAAAUAUAAACUUAGGAAAUGUGACCUCGCCUGUGGAGGCUGCUCAUGCUAGGUGUGUUGCAAAUACUGCAGUGCAGCUGUUUGUAAAACACAGCCCAGAUCCCAUCACACUGCUAAAGACACCUGCAAAUCUGGGCCCUUAUUUUGAUACCAACCUUACUGUUCAGCGUGCAGUGCCAAUGACAAGAGUUGUGCUGCCGUAUCUGGAUUGACCACCAUCGUCAUCAUCAUCAGAUGUAGAUUACAUGAGCCCUUCUGAGAUCUGUUUCCCUGCUUUGAUGGAGAAUGCCCAUCCACCUAGGAGAUAGGAAAUCUGUGUUUGAAAACAGCAGGCACUGAUGUUUUAACUUUGAAGUAUAAUGCCAUUAAUACCUCUUUAAGAAUUCCAAUUACUUUUCUUCAGUUUUCCUUUGCUGUGUGUAGAGUGAGUCUGAAAGGAAUAUCCAGCAUUCAGGCUUUUCUAACCACUAAAGAUUUUUUGUUAUUCGCUUAUUACUUUAUUUUUUAAGUAUAAUUAAGCAUCCUACGGAAAAGAGAAAAAACAAAAAACAAAAAUCCAAACCAACAAUUGUCUUUCAUCUUCAGGCACAUAAAAUAUGUGUUUGAGAUUCUUCACAUCAUGUAGCUUUUCCAUAUCCAUAAUUAAGCCAGAAAAUUCUUAUUUCUUCUCUGAUCUACAUACUCCUUGUGUUAAAAAGGCAAGGGGGCUACCAGCAGGACUUUAUAUUUCAUUCUGAGGUAGAUGUCUUAAAUCUGUAUGGGAACUGCUUAGUCACAGCCUGAACCGGUGAUUGAGCACCUGGUGAGGGGACACAGCCAGCCCAGAGAACACAGUGGAAGUAAUUCACCUGUGUGCCUGGAAGGUUUGGAGCCUGGCUCUACCCCUCCCUAACCUCAUAUAAGGGCUGGCUGCCACCAGGGAAGGAUCUCUGCUUGGAGGUUCCUCCUUUUGGAGUAGUUAGCAAGCUGUGAUUCUUGGGAUGGGUAAACAAAUCUUUCUUUGACUGGAUUGCAGCUAUCAUUCUUUUUUUGUGCAAUUUAGACCUGCUUAUCUGCUAUUACUUUUCCAUACAGAGUUUUAAUCUAUUUCCUGUUCUUCAGAAGACCCUUAUGAAAUCUAUUAAAAGCCAUGUGACAAACUAACAAAAUUAAAGGAAAAAACUGAUGUUCUGUGACUGAUGUCAACAUGCAAGUAGACAGUAGGUGAUCAGGCCCUGUGUUUCAAAAUGUCUUUCCAUGAAGCUCCACAUUUGUUUAGUUUAUCAUUAUUUACUGUUAAAGAAAUAGCAGCGAAGAAUAUGUUGGUUUUUUCCUCAGCAUUUGUAAAUUAAAUUAUAUACUGACUUGAUUUGAAGAACACUUGGGGAAUAAUGAAAAUGAUUGAUUAAAAUUUUUUGUAGACUAAUUUGAUAGCUGAAUUGUUAUUCAAUCAGAUAUGAAUAAGAAAGAAGAGUUAUCUUGCUUGUUGGUGUUUGUUUUUUUUCCUUUGCACUGAUGUGGCUGGUGUGUUAUGCCAGUGGAUAAACUAAGUCUAUCUUAUUAGUUAUUUCCCCAUUGAUUUUCAACCCUAUGGUUUGACUGUUAAAGGGUUAAUUAACUUGAUCCUUUAUAAAUAACUUAAAAAAAAAAAAAAAAAAAAUGAAAACUGGUGUUUUGUGACUUUUGUAAUCUAUUGAAUGUUAUCAUUUGCAUGAUGUUCUGUAUCUAACGAACCAUUCAGGUUGCUGUGUUCCUUUCACAAGAGUUUUAAUGUUGGUGGAGUUUGUGACAAAUACAGAUUUGUAUACUGUAUGUUUACUGCUGUAAUAACUCAGCUACUCCUACACUGAAUUGGUGUUAUGUUGCCCUGCCUUCUUGGGGUUAAAUGAUGGAGUGCUUCUAGGUGGUGAAGAAUAUAAAAGUAUGUAUGUUCAUUUGCUGAAGACUGAGUAUUGGAAACUCUUCUUGUUGCUACUUCUUGUUAAAAGAAAAAAAAACCCAAAAACUAGUUAAAUAAUCCUUGUUUCUGAAAAUGCAUCAUUUGUUUUUGAAAAUUGAAGUAAUUCCCAUGUAACUCCUUGUAGACAAUCCUAGAUUAAUGCCCUGUGAAGGAUUCAUAAAGUCUGUGCUUGUACAUGUGUAAUAUGAUCAUGCAGCCAAAUGGUUGGGAAAAACACUCUAAUACUGAAGAAAAUAAUAAUAAAAAAAAAGCCAGUAUGCUGAUUCUUACAUCUUUAUGUUCCAAUUAAAAUUACAGUGUAAUGCAUAACUGUUCCAGUGAAUAAACUGGCCAUUUUUGUUCAUUUA